AUGGCCAAGGCAGCUUCUUCACUUGCUCUCCCCAUAAUCUUCCUUGUUUUGUUUUCCUUAGGUGAACAGAAUAUGGGAUGGAAAGUGUGCGACCUAUUGAUUGGACCAUGCGCUAAAUUUCCAGAUUGUGAUAACUCUUGCCGAGAUAAACUUGGACCAGACUCAAAUGGCUUUUGCGACAUAAAAGCCAAAAAUUAUUGUCAUUGCAAAUAUGAUUGUUUGAACGAUAAAACUCCUGUAUGA